AUGGAAGAUCAACUUUCUCUGAAAAUUGGUGGCUACUUGUACCUGGACAACUCUGUGACAAAGAAUGGAAUGACCCCCUUAGCCCCUCCUGAUGUUCAACAACAAUAUCUGUCAAGUAUCCAGCACCUUCUUGGAGAAGGGCUCAUCGAACUGAUAACAAUGGUGAAGAAAGCUGUCCAGGAAGUUCUUGGACCGGUGUCUCUGAAGCAGAGUUUGUCCCUACAAGAGUUGGAGCAACAGUUAACUCAGAUCAGACAGUUAGUGGAGGAGGGCUGUUCUUCCUCUAAACACAAAAGUCUUUCUUGGUACAUGAUGCCUGAUGAAGAGAACACACUAGCCUCACAGGCUUGUGGUCUCACAGAGAAUGAUGUCACAACAAUAAAGCUGCUGAAUGAAACCAGAGAUAUGCUUGAAAGUCCAGACUUCACUACUGUAUUCUGUACUUGCUUGAGCCGAGGCUUUAUCCGAUUCCUAGACAACAUGUCAGAGUUUUUCCGACCCCCACAGGGGGACUCCAACCCUUCCAGCACACCUGACCGACUAUCACAUGUAAGCCUCCCACUAGCCAAAAUCAUUCCCAUCAUCAACGGACAGAUACAUUCAAUAUGCAGCGAAAUACCCAGUCAUUUUGUCCAAGAUCUCUUAUUGAUAGACCAGGUGAAAGAGUUUGCCGCCAAUGUGUACGAAACGUUCAGCACGCCUCAGAAACUUCAGAAUUAAGCACAGGACUGAGCAAGAUGUGAAAGCCGAACUCCUUACAAAUCUACUUUCAAGAAACUCUCAUGCUGUACAGCACAGAAUUGUUCUCCUCGCACACCCUGAAAUCGACCCGGGGGAAAUGAACUCGCGGCUGUUCUGAGAGACGAGUGUGUAAUGGAGUUUAGAUCCUCUGUUGUUAGCAGGCAUUCCGUAUGGGCUAGUUUCUCCUGACCUGCUAGCUGUCCUGUUUGUAUGUUGUGACCCCCUAACCUUGUCCCAGCCAGGCAUGCCAAGGUUUUUACAUGCUAUAAUAAACUGUAGUACAUUCUAUUUCUUUUUUAAAUUCCUGUAGCAUAACAUUUUCAUUAGAUAACUUGUCACGCCAUGGCUAGCAUAAAAGAUAAUACAUACAUAAUGAUUUCCCUUGCAUUCACAUCUGCAGGGUAGGUUUCAAAGGGUGAAUUGUGGACAUUUUGUAUAUGAUAUCUCUGAAUCUGAUGUUGCAGCUGCUGGACGCUCUCCAGGACCAAAACACAGUCAUGCUCACCUACAGUAACAAUGCAUGAUGAUUGCACUUUUACUGCUAUAAA